UUAUUUUAUUUUUUUUCGAUCUCAUUCUCAUUAGUUCUUCAAUAUCUUUCGAGAAUUUCUGGUUCUUCUAUCUCUGUUUGGAUUCUACUCCGUCUUUGAUCGUUUCCUUCUCACUUUCGCCAACUUCUUCGUCUUGUACUUGUUUUAGUUCUUCUUUUCGUUCAAGCACUUGCGUCAUUUGAGUUCUUUGACCUGAAGAAUCUACAGAAAUUUGUGAGAUAGCUCUGCGGCUCUGCCCAUUCAAUCUGUUCAGUAAAAAAUGGGAUCGAGCGGUGCUUCCACAGAAGGGAGACUUAGUUUCAGAAGUGGUUCAUUCUCAGACGGAGCAGCCCUUGACUUUGUUCCGGAAACUGGCUGUCUCUCUAUCGUUGUACUUGGUGCCUCAGGUGACCUUGCCAAAAAGAAGACAUUCCCGGCACUUUUCAAUCUUUACCGGCAGGGGUUCCUUCAACCAAAUGAAGUUCAUAUUUUUGGGUAUGCAAGAACAAAGAUCUCAGAUGCUGAGUUAAGAGACCGCAUACGUGGGCAUCUUGUCCCUGAGAAGGCAGCCUCUUCUGAUCUCUCUGAAGCCGUAUCAAAUUUUUUGCAAUCGAUCAAAUAUGUCAGUGGUUCUUAUGAGUCUGAGGAUGGCUUUCGUCAAUUGGAUAAGGAAAUUUGUGAGCAUGAAAUCUCAAAAAACAGUCAAGAAGGAUCAUCCCGUAGACUUUUUUAUCUGGCACUUCCUCCAUCAGUAUAUCCAAUUGUUUGCAAAAUGAUCAGGCAUUGUUGCAUGAAUAAAUCUGAUCUUGGUGGAUGGACUCGAGUAAUUGUUGAGAAGCCUUUUGGAAAGGAUUUGGGCUCUGCAGAGGAACUUAGUGCACAUCUUGGGGAGUUAUUUGAUGAACAACAACUUUACCGCAUUGACCACUACUUGGGAAAAGAAUUGGUGCAAAACUUGCUGGUGCUUCGGUUUGCUAAUCGCUUUUUUUUGCCUCUGUGGAACCGUGACAACAUUGACAACAUUCAGAUUGUCUUCAGGGAGGAUUUUGGAACAGAAGGACGUGGUGGAUAUUUUGACGAAUAUGGAAUUAUCCGUGAUAUUAUUCAAAAUCAUCUGUUGCAGGUUCUUUGCUUAGUUGCCAUGGAGAAACCUGUUUCUCUUAAACCCGAGCACAUCAGGGAUGAGAAAGUGAAGGUUCUUCAAUCAGUCUUACCUAUAAAUAUGGAAGAGGUGGUACUGGGACAGUAUGAAGGGUACAAGGCUGAUCCAACAGUUUCUGACAACUCCAAUACCCCAACCUUUGCAACUGCCGUUUUGCAUAUACACAAUGAGAGAUGGGAGGGUGUUCCUUUUAUACUCAAGGCAGGAAAAGCAUUGAACUCAAGAAAGGCAGAAAUCCGUGUUCAGUUUAAGGGUGUUCCUGGUGAUAUCUUUAAAUGUAAGAAUCAUGGGAGAAAUGAGUUCGUGAUACGCCUGCAACCAUCAGAGGCCAUGUACAUGAAACUGAUAGUCAAGAAACCUGGACUGCAAAUGUCAACCAUACAGAGUGAACUAGACUUGUCGUAUGGACAACGUUAUCAAGGGGUUACAAUUCCUGAGGCUUAUGAGCGUCUGAUUCUCGAUACAAUUCGGGGCGAUCAGCAGCAUUUUGUUCGGCGGGAUGAGUUGAAGGUGGCAUGGGAGAUAUUCACUCCAAUGCUGCACAGAAUCGAUGAUGGGGAGCUGAAGCCAAUUCCAUACAAACCAGGCAGCCGAGGUCCUGAAGAAGCAGAUGAGCUUCUGGCAAAGGCUGGCUAUGUGCAAACUCAUGGUUAUAUUUGGAUCCCACCUACCUUGUAAUCAAAUGAUAUAAUCUUCUUCGCCUCAGUUGGUUUAGUAAGUUGGAUUGAGUAAUGAGUAAUGACCCAGAUUUUGCAAACCUGUAAUUAGGAUAGUAAUGCAGCAAAUAAUCCCACUGUAGCAUUACACAUCAAAUCUAUUGCUAUAUCAUAGCUAUAGCAGGAUAUGGUUGUUCAUCCAGAAGAACUGUGUAUGGUGUUGUGUGUAGAGAAGUAAAGUGUGGAAUGAAAUUUUGUAUUUGAGGCA